UAAUAAUAGUAAUAUUAAAAAAACUCGUAGAUAUACAACCAACGGUCACAACAUACAUUUUCUAUUUCAACAGGAGCAAGGUGUAGGAAUUAAUUAUAAAACAGGGCCAAUUAAAUUAUCAGAAGCAGAUAAUAGUGGUGGUAGUAGUAGCAGUAAAGAAAAUACAACAACUUUAUCAAUAUCAAGUACAGAGACAAAUAAUUUAAUAGCUUCUACCAAUAGCUACUUUACACCAGCAUCUAAAACCAAAACUAAAACAACAACAACAACCACCACCACUACCACCUCAACAUCUACAAAUUUUAAUUCAUUAAAUAAUAAUAACACAAAUAGAGUUUUUACAAGAAGUAGAUCUAGGUCAUUAAAUAUCUCAAAAUCAAAUACAUCUUCACCACCUCUUCCUUCAAUUCAUAAUAUACAUAAUAGUAGUGGAAAUAUAAUAACAGUAGUUCCAAACAAUAGCUAUAGCUCAUUAAAUAGUAAUAAUAGUAAUAAUAACAUUAGCAUUAAUAAUAAUAAUAACACUAGUUUAAACAGUUUAUCUUCAACAUCUACAUCCUCUUUAACACACUCAUAUUCAAAUUCAAGUGCAUCAUCAAGUACUUCAAACUCUAGCAAUAAUUUACAAAAUAAUUUAAAGACUAGUAGUGAUUCUAAUAAAAUUCAAGGUAGAAAGUCAAAAUCAAGUAACGCACUAUUUAAAUCAUUAAAUCUUAAAGCAUUAUCAAGUAGUAGAAAAAGAUCUUCUUCAAUUUCAUCCUCUGCAUCACCUGAAGCUUUAUCGAGCUCCACAACAGAAACAACAAAAGAGUCUAAAAAAGAUAAAAAAGAUAAAAAAGAUAAAAAAUCAAAAUCACAACCACAACCACAAUCUCAACAUUCAAGUACUGAGUCAUUACAAUCACUAACUGAUAGUUGCACAACAACAACAAAUAUCAGUAGAUCAUCAACCCCUCCACUAUAUAGAUCAUCAAAACUAUCCAAUAGUAAAACUUCACCACCAAAAGAAAAUCACAACAAAAAUAUUCUAGAAGUUUCGUCAGAAUCUUUAAAACCAUCACCAAAACCAAUUGAUAAUAAUAGUAUAACUUUAAAUAUAAUAAAAGAAGAAGACUUGUAUAAUAGUAAUAAUAAUCAAAACGAAGAAAAUAAUUUUAGCUACGAAUAUAACAACGACCAAUACGAACACGAUAAUAAUUUAAUAAAUAAAUUAACAGAUCAAUUAAAAGAAGAUCCAUUUUUUGUAGAUAAUAAUAGUGCAACUGUAAAUAAUAAUAAUAAUCAAGCUGCUGCAGCACCAAAAAGACCACCUCCAUUACCUCCAAAAAAUUUUAAACCAUCCUUUUCAAGAAGCAAUAGUAAUAUGAAUCCUCCAACACCACCGAUCUCAACCUUAUCACCAAAUUAUAGUAAUAGUAAUCGUAAUAGUUUUAAUAGUUUAUUUAAAAAAUCUACAGGUAGUAGUAAUUAUAAUAUUUAUCCACCAAGCGAACCAACAUAUCCAUCAGAAUCUAGCUCAAAGAGAUCAUCAGUUGAAUUAAAAUAUUUAGAAGAUAAUCACAAAUAUCAAUUAAUAGAUAAAUUAGGUAGUGGCACAUUUAGCGACGUUUAUUUAUGUAUCCAUAAAGAGAAUAAAAAGCAAUAUGCUGUGAAGAUUAUUGACAAGUCAUUGGUGCAAAUGAUAGCGGCACACACAAAUAUGGAAAUUGCAACCGAGGUCAACAUACUAAAAUCAUCAUUCCAUCCACACAUUAUUCAAAUGGCUGAUCAUUUUGAAACUGAAAUGUAUUAUUAUAUUGUAACAGAGUUACUUCAAGGCGGAGAAUUAUUAUAUCAAUUAGAGCAUAAUCAUACUGUAACUCCUUCAUCAUCUUCAUCAUCAAUACCCCCACCACCACCUCCUCCAUCAUCCACAAACGAAGCAACCAAUUAUACAGAGGAACAUGCAAGACAAAUUAUUAAACAAAUUGUUCAGGCAGUUGGAUUUUUACACUCAAAUAAAAUUGUACAUAGAGACUUAAAACCAGAAAAUAUAUUGUUUAGAGAUCGUUCAAUGGGUUCUAUAUUAAAGAUUAUUGACUUUGGUUUGGCCUCUUAUGUCUCAAUGAUUGAUGGUGAUGUCGAGUCCAUUGAGCCUUUGAUCGAUGUUUGCGGCACACCAGAAUUUCAAGCACCAGAAAUGGUCAAACGUUUAGGUUACUCUUUUCCAGUCGAUAUUUGGGCCACUGGUAUUAUAUUAUACAUUUUACUAUGUGGUCACCCACCAUUUCAAGGAAAAAAUAAUAUGGCAAUUAUGAGCCUUAUCAUCAAGAGUGAAUUAAAAUUCGACUCUCCAGGAUGGGAUAACGUUUCCGAAUCUGCAAAAGAUUUAAUCAAACAAAUGUUGAAUCCAGAACCAUCUCAGCGUUUAACAGCUGGACAAGUUCUACAACACGAAUGGAUACAAUCCCACGAUAAUAACAAUAGCUCUCCUCAAUUGGGUGCUUUCUCAAGAUUAAGAAGAUACAACUCUCAACGUUUCUUUAAACAAACUGGUGAAUCAUUAUUAAAGUCCCAAAGAUUUUUUGUAUAUUCACCUGAAAAGGAAUUAAUCAAAAGAAGGAGCAUUAAUUUAUAA